UCCACAUCAUUCACUCUGCUCGGUUAGCAACUAGAGGUUAAAGUCUUAGCAAUGCUAUCUUUAAGCAGCAGCAAUGCAGUCUCUACAGAUUUCAAAGACUAGUUUCACUCCCUUUAAAGGCAGUGUCAGAACAGUCAACAAAAAUUUGGAGAAGCUCAAGCUUUCUCUUGACAUUACGUAAAAGAGACUGCCUGUUCUGAGUGCUUGGGGGCCACUGCAGAAUAAACUAUUAAGCACUAAGAAAUGCUAGACUAACCCCUAACAAAAAAUUCUGUUAAUAUUUAACCUAUUUAAUCUAAUGUGAGGUCUCCACAUAAGCAACAGAAUGAAGAACUUAAUCUGAUUUUCACCUGAAAGGCAAUGGGACUUCAUACAUUUAUAAAAUUCUGCUGUUAACAUCUGGCUCCUCUUCUACAAGAAUAUGUACAGAUCGAGCACAACAGGGAAACGGAUACAAAAUUGGAGCCAAAUCUUCCAAAGAAUGGAUUAAUAAGCAGAAGAGGAAAAAGGCAUUCUUCCAGUAUGAAAUCCUGCGCAAAUCAGUAAGUGAACAGUAAACUAUGAUCAAAAGAAAGUGUCUGCAGAACAAAAAUGAACCAGCUUGAUGCAGCAAAAUCAGGAUUUUUAGUAUGCCUUGGUGUGUCUAUUUUUAUCCUCACUUUCAUCUAUGUAAAGAACACGCUUCCUAAAGAAUCAAGUGAAAAGAGCUUCCCAAAUGUGGAAGAAUGUGGCGUUUAUCCAGAUGAGCUUUGUUCAGCUCUGUUUGAGGGGAAAAGCGCAGCACUUCAGAUUGGGAAUGUGUGUCAGAGCAUACAUCAACCUGAAAUGCUUUAUUGUAUACAGACUCCAUGCAACUGCUCUGCUGUCCUGAAGAAUUUGCAUUUCAUAACAAAACCACUGUCCGAAGAAGAAAAAAACUUCUCUUUGGCAUACAUCAUCACAAUUCACAAGGAGUUAGAAAUGUUUGUAAAACUACUACGAGCCAUUUAUGUGCCGCAGAAUGUUUACUGCAUUCACAUUGAUGAAAAAACAUCCAAGGAUUACAAAGCUGCUGUGCAAACCAUAGUCAACUGCUUUGAAAACAUAUUUAUAACAUCAAAAAGAGAAAGUGUUGUUUAUGCAGGAUUUUCAAGACUACAAGCAGAUAUCAAUUGUAUGAAGGAUUUGAUUAAAUUCAACAUUCAGUGGAAUUAUGUCAUUAAUCUAUGUGGCCAGGAUUAUCCUAUCAAAACAAACAAAGAAAUUAUACAAUAUAUCAAAAGCAAAUGGAAUGGUAAAAAUAUAACUCCUGGGGUGGUCCAACCACCUCAUAUAAAAUACAGGACGCACGUUAGUUACAAAGAAUAUGUCCAUUCCGGGACAUCCUACGUGUAUCCAACUAAGAACGUGAAAAAUAAUCCCCCUCAUAAUUUAACCAUAUAUUUUGGGAGUGCUUACUAUGUACUUACUCGAGAGUUUGUAGAGUUUGCACUGACUGAUGUACGAGCAAAAGACUUACUUGAAUGGUCAAUGGACACAUACAGUCCAGAUGAACACUACUGGGUCACACUGAAUCGUUUAACUGAUUCUCCAGGUGCCACACCAAAUGCAGACUGGGAAGGAAAUAUACGAGCUAUUAAAUGGAAAGAUCAAGAAGGAGUUAAACAUAAUGGCUGCAAAGGACAUUACAUCAGAAAUAUUUGUAUUUAUGGACUGGGGGAUUUACAAUGGAUCAUUGAAUCACCUCAUUUAUUUGCCAACAAGUUUGAGUCUGGAAAGUACCCCCUUGUUAUGGACUGCCUGGAGAGGCGCUAUAGGCUUAAAGUACUGCAGCAAGCUGAAGUCCCAAUAGAAGCACACUGGCGUUUUCAGGAAAAAAAUUAUUUUAACAUGAAGCUGAACAACUGAAUCUGUGCAGUAUCUGAAUUGGGGGACAAAGAAUGGCAAAAAACUACUGAGAUGUUUUUAAAAUGCAGACUUCAUCAUGUACAUCAGAGUUAGAGAACAUACAGACUCAUUCUGUUGUUCACUUACUACAAUCUCUGGGAAUAAAACUGCAAGAAGCUUCCUAAUUAAAUUGAAAAACCUUUGAUUAUUGAAUAAAGAACCAUUAUCAUCAUUUAAAAAAAACAAAAGACUACAUCUAAGAAAGAAGAUCAUCAAAUAAGUUAACAAAUGCUUUGGAAGGGAUGGAAGAGUGAAAGAAAAAACAGACUGAAGAAAAAGACAGAAUAUUAAUUUUUCAAAGUUAAAUUUAAGUGGUGUCUACUGUCUAAGUCUAAUAAACCAAGUUAUUUUGAA